AGUCUUCUCUUUUCACGUGCUUGUAGCUCUGGUGAGUUUUUUUUUUUCGCUGUUCCCCUUGUCAUACAGCAUGUAAUAGAGCCUCUUCACUGCUUGGCAUCUCUUAGUUGUUCGAAAGGCGCACAGAUCGAAAUCUCCCGCUAUCUGCUUCUAGUUGUUUUGUUCCCCCUUCUCUUGUACGUACUCGGCGUAGAAAUCACGCGUAAUGGACAGUGGCAAGCGCAGACAGUACGUUGCACCCUCUAUCGGGGGUGCUUCUGUGCCCAAGACGGCGGCGGCAGCGGCGGCAGAGGCGGCCGCAAAGCGUCUCAUCAGCCUCCGUCGCACCGCCGUCGCCCAGCAGCAGCAAGAUCAGCCAGAACAGCACGGCGCACUUUCUGGCACCUCGUCUCCCCACAUCUCUCAGAGUUUCCCUUCGGCGGAUACCGUGAACGGCACCACCGCUGCGCGUUCGUACGCCACGUUGGUGCGUCCAGGCGAUGGGCGAGCGCCAUCGCUUGAGGCAUCCUCUUCAUCGCAGGCCUCCCCACAGUGCUCCUCCGCCUCCGUCUCUCCGUCUUACUCUGGUGCACCGCCGCAGCAGGAGCAGCCCUUCUCGCCCAACUCUCUUCGCUUUCUACACGAAGGAGUUUCCGAUGCUCGUGCCGCUGCGGCUGCAGCUGCCCGACGACAGGAGUAUCGUUCGUUCCCGCAGAUGCCGCCAGACCCGACCGCGGCUCGUGUGAGAGCCGCAGCAGCGGCGGCAGCGAUGUCCACAACCGCCGCCACUUCCCCGCCCCCCGCGCACGUCAACGGUGAGCAAUUCAAUAGUAAUGCAGGCGAAAACCGAGCCUUUGAACUCCCACGCCCAGAGUCGUUUCGCGCGGCAGGUCACCCCUCGUCUUCCGUGGCAGCAGCGGCGGCGGCGGCGGCGGCAGCGGCGUAUAUGCGCGCGCGUGGCGGCCACCUUGUGGCUCCGGCAGACCCCAACAGCCGGACAUCUCCCACGCCCUCCUCCGCCUCUUCGCCGGCACCGACGCUGCCACAGCCACUUUCUGUGCAUGAUCAACGGCCAGAGACAACUGGACCAGCCGCGCCUUUCGCACGUCCCGCUCCGAAUUCUUCCUUUCCCUCUGCGUUGGCUUUAUGCGGCAGCACAGCGACGCAGCGCCUGCCUGCGCGGUGGUCACCGAGUAAGCGCGAGCGUGAAGACAGCGACGGCACCGGUGAACCGGAAAAGACGGAAGGAGUUCACCAGCGAACACGUCAGACACCCAAAGCAGAUCCUUCGGCGGCACGACAAGAGGUCGGGGUCUCGAAGGGGAAAGACAAUUCUGCAGACGAGGGCAGCAGGAGCAGCUCCUCCGCUUCUGCCUCCUCUGCCUCUUCUUCCUCCUCCCUCGCUACCUCGCGCGACGCCACCGCAGCUACACACCCUACAGACACGUCCGUCCGCCACCACAACGGCCACCAUCCUCUUGAAGUCAUCGCCGCGCCGCGGCUACACGAUAGCAAAAGCGAAACGAGUGGUGCAGAUGUCGUGGCAAGCAGCACGGGACCGUGGGGUGGACUGGAGCGAGUGGACCCCCUGCGCAUGGUAGUACCGGCUCGGUCGUUGGCAGCGGUGGUGCAACGCGUAACGACGACCACCACCGCUGCUAGAGCAGCAGCGCCUGCCCCGUCAGCGGCUGAAAGGGACGAUGAAGAAAGCGAAAAUAUUGUCGGUACUCUAUGUCUGGAGACCGACACAGGUACGGCGGCAACAAACGAAGGCGACUGGGCUGUCCGUCAAGCUGCCGAGAGUGAAAAGAAAGAAGCAGCAGAAGAGGAACAUUCCGAGCUGAUCCGACUUCGCGCAAUUCUCGAUGUGCGUGACCAUGAGUCGCUGGAGAGGCGUGCGACCAAGGCAGCCACGCUUCCUCCGCCGCCGGCAGACUUCGUGUUGGACCUCCUGCAGCAGCUUCCCGCCUCUCCGCGCCGGGCGGUGUACAGCUGCGACGACUGCCCGUGCACCGCCACGGAAGGCAUCAACGAGGAGUUUCACGACUGCGUACAGCACCUCAUGACGCGCAUCGUCCUGCGGCGUGAUGGACGCGCCGGUGACGCCGCAGCGGACGGAAACAUGUCGCCCGCCCCAUCAACGGACGCCACCGCAGACCACGUGAAACCCGCACAGCAGCGACACCCACGUCGCCCGGACGAAGUGACGAGGAACAUGCCGUCCGACGUGCGGGAUGUGGUUGCCUACGCGCGAUUUGUUGUGCAGCAGCGGCAACAACUGCAGCAAGGUCACUCAACCAUUGUCUUCGCGAACACGUCUUCGACGACAGCCGGCCGUGGCACCUUCGCCUCUCAGAAGGAAACGUGCGAAGAAGAUGCAAUGGCAGCUGCUCAUCCGCAGCUGGGCUCCCUCAAGGCUUUUGUGGAGGCAAAACUGUACCUCAUGCAGUCGACGAGCGCGAACCCCGAGUCGACUCCUAUCGGCCAGCAGGGAGAGGAGAACAUCGCGUCGCCUGCGGGGGAGCUAGGCGGCAGCGGUGGCCGGCUUGCCGCUUCGCUCGGCGCAGCCCAUCAGCACUUUGUCGACGUCGCUCGCGCCGCCUCCUCUACCCGCCAAGAAAAGGCCGAAGCCGCGCAGCAGGCGGAGCAGCGCCUGGCCACCUCCGCGUUGUCGUGGCGUGAAACGUUCCAGACGUUUCUUCAGCCGGACCGGAACCGGCUGGAGAACCUGAGUUCGCUGGACGGCAGCUGGCAGCAUUUGUUGGACCGGCAAGGCGCCAGCGGAGACGUUCUGCAGCGCCUACAGCAACUUCUCCUGCCAAGAGACGCUUCGUCCGCCAACUCGCUGAGAUGCGGCCAGCAGCAGCAGCAACAGCAGUGGGAAUGGGGAAAAAUGUCCAAAAAGAAGCGGAAGAGAGGGCGAGGACGUGCGCAGGCGUGCCAAGAUGGGCGCAGCGGGGGACUCGAGCUGCCAUUACCGCCUUUUGACUCUUCCUUCCCUCUGCCUAUGGAUGAGUGA